AACCAGCCGCGGCGCGGUGGGCGGUGAUUGGCUGCUGCCGGAGGAGGGGGCGGGAGCCCCUGCGCGCGCAGCCGGCGGGGGGCGGGCGAGCCCCCCGCUGAGGGGAGGUCGCCAUGUCGGGGCCAGCGGAGGAGGCGGGCGGCCCCGCUGGGAAACGGCCGGAGUCGCUGGAUUUGCUGGAGCGUUGCGGCGUCUGCCGGGAGCGGCUGAAAGCUGAGCGGGAGCCGCGGCUGCUGCCUUGCCUCCACUCGGCCUGCCGGGCGUGCCUGCGGCCCGCGCCGGGCCGCGCCCCCGAUGGGCCAGUGGUCGACUGCCCCAUCUGCAAACACCAGUGUCACCUGAAGGACGUCGUGGAGAAUUACUUUCUGAGGGACAGCGGGGCUGAGACAGCUGCCACCAGCCAGGGUUCGAGUCAGUGCUGCACCAGUUGCGAGGACGACGCCCCGGCCACCAGCUACUGCGUGGAGUGCUCGGAGCCGCUCUGCGAGACCUGCGUGGAGGCCCACCAGCGGGUCAAGUACACCAAGGACCACACGGUUCGGGCCACAGGCAGCGGCAGGGUGAAGGAGGGGGAGCGCGCCGUGUACUGCUCGGUGCACAAGGACGAGCCGCUGGUGCUCUUCUGCGACACGUGCGACACGCUUACCUGCCGCGACUGCCAGCUCAACAUGCACAAGGACCACCAGUACCAGUUCCUGGAGGACGCGGUGAGGACCCAGCGCAAGAUGCUGGCCACGCUGGUGAAGCGCCUGGGCGACAAGCACGCCAGCCUGCAGCGCUCCACCAAGGAAGUGCGCAGCUUCAUCCGCCAGGUGACGGACGUGCAGAAGCGGGUGCAGGUGGACGUGAAGAUGGCCAUCCUCCAGAUCAUGAAGGAGCUCAACAAGCGCGGCAGGGUGCUGGUGAGCGACGCCCAGAGGGUGACAGAGGGGCAGCAGGAGAAGCUGGAGCGGCAGCACUGGGCCAUGACCAAGCUGCAGCGGCACCAGGAGCACAUCCUUCGCUUUGCCUCCUGGGCCCUGGAGAGUGACAACAGCACCGCUCUGCUGCUCUCCAAGAAGCUGAUCUACUUCCAGCUCCACCGCGCCCUCAAGAUGAUCGUGGACCCCGUGGAACCGCAGAGUGACAUGAAGUUCCAGUGGGACCUCAACGCCUGGACCAAGAGCGCCGAGAGCUUUGGCACCAUCAUCUCGGAGCGGAGCCUCCCGCCGCCGUCCCUCAGCCCCCAGCUGCCGGCUCCCAGCCCCCGUGGCGCCAGCCCCACCAUGGGCACCUCGCAGGACCCCCUGCAAGCCACGGUGGUGAGCAAAGGGCAGUAUGCUCCCGAUCCGCUCCUGCAGUCCCCCACGGGACCCCAAAUUGGGGCUGAGGAGGGGCAGGGGACCCCCAGCGAGGUGGGGCUGGGGAUGCCUGCCCUGCCUCAGUUUCCCCCGGGGGCCGAGGGGCUGGGCUGCCCCAACCUGUCCCCCCCCCACCUUUACCCGCAGAUGGCCGAGAGCCCCGGGGAUGCGGCUGCGGGCACUGAGCUCGCAGCCAAUGGCCCCCCCGAACCUGUUGUCACAGGAGUGAAGAGGAGCUGCUCCCCCGAGGGCCUCGUGAGCACCCUCCUCCGUAAGGUGCCGCGGGUCAGCCUGGAGCGGCUGGACCUGGAUCUGUCGGGGGCGGUGCAGCCCCCCGUCUUCCGCGUCUUCCCCGGCACCUCGGCCGCGGACUUCAGCCUCAUCGUCAUCGAACGGGGGGUGCAGCCGCGGCGCCCCGUCCCCCUCGCCAUCAAGGAGGAGCAGGAGGAGGCGGCCAUCGGGGACGCCGAGCUGGCGGGGCUCCUUCCCGAGCACCCCGCGAUGCCGAGACCCCCCGGCCCCUCGUUGGGGUUGGGGUCUGCCCCCCCGGGGGCCCCCCCCGGCGUCUCCUGUUGCCGCGUCUGCUGCCAGGCGGGUGCCGUGGUGAUGUGUGACCUCUGCGAGCGCUGCUACCACCUCGACUGUCACCUCCCCGCCCUCCAGGAGGUCCCCAGCCCCGAGUGGACGUGUCUGCUGUGCCAGGACCUGCCACUGCCCAGCGAGGACCUCGCCCCCGGCUUUGAGGAGACGCCACCCCACAGACUUUGCCCCCUGGACCAGCAGAAAUGUGAGCAAGUGCUGCUGGAGCUGCUCUGCCAUGAGCCCUGCCGGCCCCUCCACCGCCUCUCCAGCUCCCCGGACAGCCACGAUGCCAUCGACCUGACCCUCAUCCGUGCCAAGCUGCAGGAGAAACUCACCCCCCAUUACCGCUGCCCCGAGGAGUUCGUCCGGGACGUCUGGAGGAUGAUCCAGCAGUUCAACCGCCUCACCGAGGACAAGGCUGAUGUUCAGUCCAUCCUGGGCUUGCAGCGGUUUUUCGAGGCCCGGCUCAGCGCAGCUUUUGGGGACCAGAAGUUCUCCUCUAUCCUCCUCAAGCCCGUCCUCCCCCUGGAUGAGGCCGAAGGCUCCUCGUCCCACCCGGAGCCCUGAUGCCCUCCCUCACCGGGGCGGGGAGGGGCAGACAGCGGGGCUGUCCAGGGAGGGGGUAGUGCCCCUGUCCCCUCACCCCGUGCCUCCCCGCCGGGGGGCUGUCCUCAUCUCUCCGAGAAAUAAAGCCAUCGUCUCGACCUCC